GCCCUCUCCAAAACCCUAGAAUCGAAACCAAAGAGACGCCCACUUUCUCUCUCUUGCUGUCACCUCUCCAUUAAUGGCGGAAGAAGCCGUAGAAACCCUAACCGAGCCGUCGACGAGGAAGAAGAGGAAGAGGAAGGCAUUGGACGUGUCCAUGGAGGCCCUCGCCGAGUCCGGGGACCGCAUCGCCCCCGUCGUCGGCUACUUCCCCUCCGGCUACGACCCCCUCGGCGGCGGCGCCGCCGCCCCCGCUGCGGCGGCGGAUGAUCCCAGCGUCCGUGUGUUCAGGAACAAGCGCCGCGCGAACCGCCUCGAGCUCGUCGUGAGCCCCCGGGGCUCCGCCGUGGAGUUCGUCGGCAGGAGCUACGCCGGCGAGGCCGCCGCCCCCCAGCUGUGUACGUACGCGCUCGGGGUGCUCGAUAAGGCGACGCAGACGCUCAAGAUAGUCCCCAUUGCCGCCAAUAAGAUUUUCAGGUUGGAGCCCCGGCUAGCGGUGAGCCAACCUGCUCAUAUGGAAGCAUCCGAGGGAUUAACAGAGGAGAGUAUGGCUACAGGACAGGUUGGCCGGAAAAUACAAGAUCUUACAAGUUUGUAUGGAACAAAGAAAGAUAGGGACAAGGAUAAGAAAUGGAUGUCAUUAAACCAACAAAGGAACGACCCCUCUGCCUAUGAACAUCUCGAAAAUGAAAAGACUGAUGCUGACGUGGAUAACAAUGCUGCGGAUCAGGAGACAGAAUCAACUCCUCGGAACAUCCCACCACACAAUCCUUCUGCGGAUACACCAGAGAGAGCAUAUCUAAUAGAUGAGAUUAUUCCUAAAGGUGAACGAGCCUAUCUUUUGGACAUAUUGGAAGCCUUGCAUUCUGGGGUGGAUUUGGAUUUGAAACCUUAUCCUAGUUUUGUUUCCAAUCGUCUAUACAAACUAAGGGAGCUUCAGGAUGAGGAAGAAAAAGAGAAACUGGCUUGCAUGUUAUCGUACAUCACACAUCUUCAAUCUUUCUGGGAACGGCUAAGCUCUUCUGGAUGCAAAUCUAAGCAUCAUAGUAAACCCGCCGACCAUUCCAAGAUUCCACGCAUUACGUAUCAGAGAUUGCAAAGGAUGUUUGUUGACCCGGAAUCCCAUUUACUCUCGACGCAAAAGAAUGAACUUCUUAUUGGUUACAUACUGGUGCUCACGCUCUUUGUGGACAACUUCAAGACCGACCCGACCGAUGUUGCGAGGGAUCUAAAAAUGACCAUUCAAACUCUUAGGCCAUAUUAUCAGCAGCUAGGCUGCAAGAUUUCUAGGGAGAAUUUUUCGGAGCAAAGUCUUGUUACUCUCCCUGUUCCUCUUAAAUUCCCCGAGUUACGGAGGAGGAGAAGAAGGUGACCAUCUUGUUGUGCAUCAUUUUUCGAGUAUUAAAUUUAUAAAUGUGGGGAGAGUUUUUGUAGUAGGAGAUUUAAUGCCCUAUGGCUAUCUGUUUGUAAUUGAACCUUCCGAGGUUAAACUUUGUGUGAAUUUAUUGUGAGAUUGCAUCAAAUAGGAGUAUUUCUUUUCUGUAACUAUGAAGGCCAAAUUAUUAGCUUGUUUUGGGUGUGGA